GGGAGUGGGGAGACCUUAAAGGCCCUGCACUCUGGCCCCGCCGAGGGUCCCGGGGGCGAAGGCGGCGCGCAGCGAGCGGAGGGAAGAAAACACUCUUUUCAGAGCAUCUCCUGGUAUCAUCAGAAAUGUCCUCCUUAAGUGGGAAAGUCCAAACUGUUUUGGGCCUGGUAGAGCCAGGCAAACUGGGCCGCACUCUGACCCACGAACAUUUGACAAUGACCUUUGACUGCUGUUACUACCCACCUCCUCCACGUUACGAAGCUACCUCCGAAGAACCUAUUAUGAUGAAGAAUUUAUUUUGGAUUCAAAAGAACCCUUAUUCCCAUAAGGAGAAUCUUCAGCUGAAUCAGGAGACGGAAGCCAUCAGGGAAGAACUGUUGUAUUUUAAAGCCAACGGUGGAGGGGCUUUGGUCGAGAACACUACUGUUGGCAUCAGCCGAGACGUGAAGACUUUGAAGUGGCUUGCCGAAGAGACCGGCGUCCAUAUCAUAUCUGGAGCUGGAUUUUAUGUGGACGCAACUCACUCUCCAGACACCAGAGCCAUGUCAGUGGAACAGCUUACUGAUGUACUCAUUAAUGAAAUUCUCCAUGGAGCUGAUGGAACUAGCAUCAAGUGUGGGGUCAUUGGAGAAAUUGGUUGCUCCUGGCCUCUGGCAGAGAGUGAGAAGAAGGUUCUUCAGGCAACAGCUCAUGCUCAGGCUCAGCUCGGCUGUCCUGUUAUUAUUCAUCCUGGAAGGAAUCCAAGCGCACCAUUUCAGAUUAUCCGAGUGUUGCAAGAAGCAGGUGUAGACGUCUCCAAAACGGUUAUGUCCCACAUUGAUAGGACUAUACUUGAUAAAAAGGAACUCCUGGAGUUUGCUCAACUUGGCUGUUACUUGGAAUAUGAUCUCUUUGGGACUGAACUCCUUCAUUACCAAUUCAACCCGGAUAUCGACAUGCCCAAUGAUAAUAAAAGAAUUAGGAGAGUGCGUCUUCUGGUGGAUGAAGGCUACGAAGAUCGAAUUCUGAUGGCACACGACAUACAUACGAAGCAUCGGCUGAUGAAGUAUGGAGGUCACGGCUACUCUCAUAUACUUACCAACAUUGUUCCUAAAAUGUUGCUUAGAGGGAUCACUGAGAAUGCACUUGAUAAGAUACUAAUAGAGAACCCUAAGCAAUGGCUAACUUUCAAGUAGGAUGGUGGUCUACAGACUCACACCUUGAGUAGAAAGCUCGCAGAGAACAUUUUUCAGUGAUUUCAAACCCACAGCGAGAUACUAAUCAGAGCUAUGUAGGACGAAGGACGGAUCAUUUCCUAUUUAUGAGAAUUAGAAAUUUUGCCUUCUCAGAAACCAGCUGGUACAUCGGUACCUUUAGG